CUGUUAGGAGUGAGGAGUGAGAAGGGAGAAGUGAGAAGAAAUGGCGAGGAGUUUGAGGUCCAUUUCGUUUAGAAGUGGAUUCUCCGUGUCGUCGUCUUUCAGAGGAGAGAAUGAUAUUAAUGAGGAGGAAGCUCUGGUAUGGGCGGCCAUAGAGAAGCUGCCCACGUAUAGUCGGUUGAGAACAUCCAUACUGCAAGACCCGCAAGAUUCCUCCCUCUCCCACCAGAUUGAUGUUACCAAUCUCAAUCAACUUAGUCGGACACACCUCAUUGACAGACUCGUUAAAGUAGUCGACCCAGAUAAUCAAAUUUUUCUUCAAAACCUUCGCCACAGGCUCAAUGGAGUUGGAAUCGUGUUACCGGAAAUCGAAAUCCGUUUGGAGAAUCUGAAUGUUUCUGCUAGUGUUUACGUUGGCAGCCGUGCAUUGCCGACACUCUAUAAUUGGAGUGUUAAUAUGGUACAGGAUGUUUUAGGAUCAGUUGGGGUGAGCAAAAGCAAGAAGAAAACGUUGAGGAUUCUGAAGAACGUGAGCACCACAAUCAAGCCCGGAAGGAUGACGCUUCUUCUUGGACCGCCAGCAGCGGGCAAAACUACUUUAUUGUUGGGAAUGGCUGGAAAAUUAGACACGUCUCUCCAAGUUGAAGGUAAAGUAACAUAUAAUGGACAUUCCAUGGACGAAUUUGUGGCACAAAGAACUUCUGUGUACGUAAGUCAGCAAGAUUUGCAUCUGGGAGAGAUGAGCGUACGUGAAACCUUGGAUUUUUCCUCCCGAUGCCAGGGCACGGGUUCAAAAUACGAUGUGUUAAGCGAGCUUUCCAGGCGAGAAAAGCAGCUUGGAGUGAAACCAGAUUCCAAUAUUGAUCUCUUCAUGAAGGCAACAGCAAUAGGGGGACAGAAAUCCAACUUGAUGACUGACUAUAUCUUAAAGAUUUUAGGGUUAGACAUAUGCGCAGAUACACUAGUAGGAGAUAAGAUGCGUAGAGGAAUUUCAGGGGGUCAGAAGAGAAGAGUGACAACAGGGGAGAUGAUGGUGGGACCUGCCCAAGCCUUUUUAAUGGACGAGAUAUCUACAGGGUUGGACAGCUCCACCACAUAUCAGAUUGUUCAAUGCUUAUGUCACUACGUUCACAUCAUGAAGGCAACCAUGGUGGUUUCUCUUCUGCAACCAGCCCCCGAAGUGUUUAAUAUUUUCGAUGAUGUCAUUCUUUUAUCAGAAGGAUAUCUGGUUUACCAUGGACCUUCACAAUCCAUUCUUGAAUUUUUUCACUCGAUGGGUUUUGAAUGCCCUGAAAGGAAAGGUGUUGCAGAUUUCUUGCAAGAGGUAACGUCACCUAAAGACCAAGAACAGUACUGGUGGAAGAGGUCGCAGGCAUACAGAUAUGUGUCAGUAGAGGAGUUUGCACAAGCAUUCAAAAGCUUUCACAUAGGUGUCAAAUUAACACAAGAAUUGUCAAGACCGUUCGAUAGGAAAGGAUGCCAUCCGGCAGCUCUCACUAAACAAAAAUAUGGUUUAAGCAAAGGACAACUUUUUAAAGCAUGUUUUGACAGACAACUUUUACUAAUGAAGAGGAAUUCCGGUGUGCACCUAUUCAAGUUUUGUCAGAUAACUAUGGUGGCGAUUCUGGCAAUGUCAGUUUUCAUUCGUACACGUAUGCAUCAUAGAAAUGUGGGGGACGCAUCCAUUUACAUUGGAUCUCUGUUUCUGGCUCUGGUUCUUAACAUGUUCAAUGGAAUUUCAGAAAUGGCUAUUACAAUUGACAAGCUUCCAGUGUUCUACAAGCAGAGAGACUCGAUGUUCUACCCUUCCUGGGCCUACUCCAUACCGCUUUGCCUUACUCAAAUUCCCCUUUCCUUGAUAGAGUCCUUUACAUGGGUGGUUAUUACUUAUUAUACAAUUGGUUAUGCUCCCAAUCCUGGCAGAUUUUUCCGGCAUUUUUUACUAUUGCUGGCUCUUCAUCAAACGGGGCUAUCACUGUUCCGCUUCAUAGCUUCAGUUGCACGGACUCAGAUAAUUGGCAACACUAUUGGUGUGUUCGCACUUGUGAUGAUUUUCCUGCUAGGUGGUUUCAUAGUGUCAAGAGAGGAUAUUAAAGGGUGGUGGAUAUGGUGUUAUUGGUUAUCUCCUCUCACCUACGCUCAAAAUGCCAUUUCAGUGAAUGAGUUCUUAGCAACUAGGUGGCAAAAGCCACAUGAGAAUAUUGGCGUGAUAUUUCUAAAAUCUCGAGGAAUUUUUAAGGAUGGCUAUUGGUAUUGGCUUGGAGUUGGAGCGCUCGUAGGUUUCAAUAUUGUUCUAAACUUGCUUUUCACUCUAGCUUUGCAAUAUCUCAACCCUCUUGGAAAACCUCAACCAAUAAUCGUUGAAAAAGAGUUGGAAACAGAGGAACAGGGUCGAGAAAUGAAACGCCUUCCAUCUAGAGAAUCAAGCCAUGUUGAAAUUCAAAAUACUGGGGAAAUUUCAGGAGGAAAUAGCAACUUGUCAGCUUCUUACAAAGGGGGAAGUAGAAAGAAAGGAAUGGUGUUACCUUUCCAGCCCUUGUCCUUGACAUUCCACAACGUCAACUACUAUGUGGAUAUGCCUGCAGAAAUGAAGAGAGAGGGAGUUACAGAAGACAGGCUCCAGUUGUUGCGCAGUGUGAGUGGAUCAUUCAGGCCCGGAGUGCUUACUGCUUUAGUAGGGGUAAGUGGGGCUGGAAAGACCACCUUAAUGGAUGUUCUGGCCGGCAGGAAAACUAGUGGUUAUAUUGAAGGAUCCAUCACCAUCUCUGGCUUUCCCAAGAAACAAGAAACCUUUGCACGGGUUUCUGGAUACUGCGAACAAACUGAUAUUCAUUCCCCCUGUGUCACAAUUCACGAAUCUCUCAUUUACUCUGCUUGGCUACGUCUUCCAGAGGAGAUUGAUUCUAAAACCAGAACGAUGUUUGUGAAGGAAGUAAUGGAAUUGAUAGAGCUAGAAGACUUAAGGGACGGUCUUGUGGGGCUUCCUGGAGUGAACGGUUUAUCUACAGAACAGAGAAAGAGAUUGACAAUUGGAGUAGAACUUGUAGCAAAUCCUUCCAUAAUUUUUAUGGAUGAGCCAACAUCGGGACUCGAUGCAAGGGCUGCUGCUAUUGUUAUGAGAACUGUUCGGAACACCGUGGAUACAGGCCGAACAGUUGUCUGCACCAUUCAUCAACCAAGCAUCCAUAUAUUUGAAGCCUUCGAUGAGUUGGUGAUGAUGAAGCGAGGAGGGCAGAUAAUCUACGCGGGCCCUCUUGGUCACCACUCGCAAACCCUAAUUGAUUACCUUGAGGCAAUCGAGGGAGUUCCCAAAAUCACAGAGGGGCUAAACCCUGCCACAUGGAUGCUCGAUGUUACCUCCCACGGAGCCGAAGUACGUCUUGGGGUUGAUUUUGCGGAAAUUUUUAAGAAAUCGCCUCUCUACAGGCAGAAUGAAAUCUUGAUCGAGGAGUUAAGCAAACCUGCUGCAGGAUCCAAAGAUUUACAUUUCAAUAGAGAAUUCGCACAACCAUUUGUAGUUCAAGCGUUGGCCUGUUUGUGGAAGCAACAUUGGUCCUACUGGCGAAAUCCCCAAUACAACAUUGUUAGACUCUUAUUCACUUUGGCAUGCGCUCUUCUUUUCGGCACAAUUUUCUGGAGAAUGGGACGCAAGAUAGAGCGGGAGCAAGAUAUUCUCAAUACGAUGGGAUCCAUGUUUGCGGCAGUUUUGUUUCUGGGCUACAGCAAUACACUUUCCGUUCUGCCCGUAGUCGAUGUGGAAAGAACAGUUUUCUACAGGGAAAAGGCUUCAGGGAUGUAUUCCGCUUUGGCCUAUGGGCUUGCUCAAGUAUUGAUUGAAUUGCCAUACAUACUUGUUCAGGCGGUAUUGUAUGGGGUGAUUGUUUAUGCAAUGGUGGAUUUCAGAUGGACUGCGGCCAAAUUCUUCUGGUUUUUGUUUUGUAUGUUGUUUACAUUCAUAUAUUACACCUACUACGGAAUGACGGCGGUGGCCCUCACUCCUAAUGCAAGUGUGGCUGCAAUCCUCUCAACUGGUUUCAUGGCAAUCUGGAUGCUUUUCUGUGGUUUCUUAAUUCCACGCCCGAAAAUUCCAGUGUGGUGGAGAUGGUAUUACUGGGCGUCACCCUUUGCGUGGACAAUGUAUGGUUUGGUAGCGUCACAGUUGGGAGAUGUUACAGAGGAAACUAUUUUAGCAGACGGCAGCAAACAAGAGGUGAAGGAACUCCUGCGAGCCCAAUUCGGUUUUAAGCACGAUUUCUUGGGAUAUGUUCCUCCCGCUUUAAUUGGAUUCGGACUCUUGUUCGCCCUUACAUUUGCCCUGGGUAUUAAAACCCUCAAUUUCCAAACCAGGUAAAAUACAUCUGUACGUUUUUAGGUCCUCAUGUUUUGCAGUGACCAACAGAUUUUAAAAAAAGGUACUGCAUAGGCCUAAAUCUGAUGGCCAUAUAGCUGUAUUCAAGUGUUUAAGAAAUAUCACCUCAAAGGAGAAAUUUUAGAUUGUAAAAAAUUUAAACAAAAUCUCUUUAAUUAUUAAUUAGGUAGAUAUUAUUGCUUGUGUA